AUGAUAUUAAUUUAUAUUGCAGUAGCCGAAGCUAAAAUGAAUGAAUGGAAGGAUAAAUUUGAUACGGAUUUAGAUGAAAUGAAAGAAUAUCUAGUUCGUGGUGCAUCACAUAAAAGAUUACAUCGUGUAAUGGUUGAUAUUUUAUAUCGACCUUCGUUUUUUCGACAUAGCUCCGACGGUCAAGAACUAGAUUUGGUUUAUCGUUGGAGCAGUUUUAUUGAAAAAUCGAAAGUUCAUUUUUCACCAACACUCUAUCAUGAUUCUCAUCAACAUCAUCUAUCAUCGAAACAAAUGGAAUUUCUUCAUCGUGGACCCAGUUAUGUUUCAACAUGUCAACUACAUAUUGUAUCUGGAUCUUCAUUAAAUAUGGAUCAUCUUCUUACAAAACAAAUGUCAUCACUUCGACGAGUACUAACACGAGUUUUUACUAAAUAUCCAGUUGAUUUAUCUCGUCGAAUGAAUUUUGAAAAAGAAAUUCAAAAUCUAUUUCAUGCAUCCUUCGAUCAAUCGAUUCCAUCGACAUUCGAAGAACGUCCACAGAAUGAAUUUCAACAGAAAUCCGAUGAUUUUGUUCAACAUUCAACAUCUUAUGAAUUUAUCGGUAUGUUUGACGGUAUUAAUACAGAACAACAACAACUGGAUGAACUUGUCAAUUCAAUUAAUUCACAAUUUGAAACAUUACAUCAAAAACGAUUGAUCAAUAAUGAUUAUCGAACAAAGUUCACUAUUAGCAAAAAGUCAACAAUGAAACUUCCCUAUCUUUAUUUUCUACCAGAAAUAAAUGAAGAUGCCAACAUGACAGUUUAA